AUGGUCCCUACGAGCAAUGUGACUGAAAUCACUUUCUUGGGAUUUUCCCAGAACCGGGGCACACAGAAGGUCAUUUCUGCGAUUUUUCUCCUCAUGUACUUGGCCAUUGUGCUGGGCAAUGGCCUCAUCGUGGUGACCAUCGUGGUCAGCAAAGGGCUCACCUCCCCCAUGUAUUUCUUCCUCGGCUACUUGUCCUUUGUGGAAAUCUGUUACUGUUCCGUCACAGCCCCUAAGCUCAUCCUUGACUCUUUUAUUGAGAGGACGGUCAUUUCUCUCAAGGGAUGCAUCACACAGAUAUUUUUCCUCCAUUUCUUUGGUGGCACCGAGAUCUUCCUCCUGACAGUGAUGGCCUACGACCGCUAUGUGGCCAUCUGCAAGCCCCUGCACUACACAAGCAUCAUGAACCGGCGUGUGUGCGGCCUCCUGGUAGGAGCAGCAUGGGGCGGGGGCUUGCUGCAUUCUGUUGGGCAAACCUUCCUCAUUUUCCAGCUGCCCUUCUGUGGCCCCAAUGCCCUUGACCACUACUUCUGUGAUGUGCACCCCGUGCUGAAGCUGGCCUGCUCCAACACCUUCCUCAUUGGAGUGCUGAUCAUCACCAAUGGUGGCUCCAUUUCAGUGAUCAGCUUCACAGUCCUGCUCGCGUCCUACGUGGUCAUCCUGUGCUCCCUGAGGAGCCAGACCUCAGAAGGCCGGUACAAGGCCCUGUCUACGUGUGCCUCUCACGUGGCGGUUGUAAGCCUGUUCUUCAUUCCCUGUUCCUUUGUCUAUAUGAGGCCCUGCGUGACCUUCUCUGCAGACAAGAUAGUGGCUGUAUUUUACACAGUGGUCACACCUCUCUUAAACCCCAUCAUCUAUUCCUUUAGGAAUGCGGAAGUGAAGAACGCCAUGAGGAGACUGGUGGACAGAAAGUGA